UGUCUACUUGUGUUUACAAACAGUGACUAUUGUUGUAAUUGGUUUGAUGUGCUUGUCAUUUUUGUCCCAUUUUGUUUCUAUGAAAAUAAUACAUUAAAAACAUUAAAUAUAACAAAAAAGAACAUUUGAAGGGCUAGGCGGCUUACUUAGCGUAAUAGAAAUAACGUCAAUAAUGAGUGGCAAAUCAAAAAUCCUGGUUUGUGGGGAUGUGAAUGGAAAGUUCAAAACUUUGUUCACCAAAGUUGAACGUGUCAACAAGAAACAAGGACCAUUUGCUUUCCUACUUUGUGUUGGUAAUUUUUUCGGUGAUUCUGCGGACAACUGGAAGCCCUAUCAUGAUGGGAAACUGACUGUGCCAAUCACUACGUAUAUCCUCGGUCCCAGGAGUCCAGAACAGCUCAAGUUCUUUCCCGACAUCAAUGGCUGUGAACUUGCUACGAAUGUCAGUUACCUAGGCAAGCGAGGGGUGAUCACCACCAGCUCGGGACUGCGAGUGGCGUACGUGAGCGGCGCAGAGUCGGACGGCAAGGAGCACGCGGAGCACCUGUUCUCCGACGCCGACGUGACGUCCGUGAGGGACGCCAGCCUCCGGGGCAAGCCGAGCUUCAGGGGCGUCGACAUCCUGGCCAGCUCCGCCUGGCCCAAGGACAUCGUGCACGUCAACGUGGACCUUCAGCAGAGCUCACACUCGUGGAAAUUGUCGUGGCUUGCUAAUCAGAUUAAACCACGUUACUAUUUUUGCCCUUCAAAUACGGUAUAUUACGAACGACCACCAUACAGCAACCACAAUUCUUCUGGCGACACUUCGAUACACGCGACGAGAUUCAUCGCAGUGGCAGAAGUUGGCAACGCUUCAGACCAGAAGUGGCUCUACGCUGCGAACCUGGAGCCCAUCGACAAGAUGUCGGCGAUGGAGCUGUACCAGGCGACGACGGACCAGACGGAGUGCCCUUUCUCCGGGAACAUGUUGCUCCACAACUUGAACAAAACUCAGGUUGAACACACGUCGCAGUUCUUUUACGACAUGAAUCCCCCGAGAGAAGACGACGCGAGACGCAAGAGGUCGAGGAACGACGACGGAGGGCCGACUCGGAAGCAGAGGCCCGUCUUCGACCAAGACAGCUGUUGGUUUUGUCUAUCCAGUGCAGAUGUUGAGAAACAUUUGGUCAUCAGCAUUGGAGAAGAGGCGUACUUGGCACUGGCGAAAGGUGGCCUUGUCCCGGAUCACCUGCUCAUUCUGCCGGUGACUCACCACCAGUCCCUGUCUGAUGUUCCAGAAGCAGUGACGAAAGAGAUAAAAAAGUUUAAAUCUGCUUUAAAAUCGUACUUCCGUACGCAGAACAAGGUUCCAGUGUUUUACGAGAGGAACUACAAGACAUCUCACUUGCAGAUUCAAGUUGUUCCCAUUGACAUAGAUUUGUCAGACAGGCUGAAAGAAGUAUUCCAGGAGAGUGCGGAGGCUCAAGGCUUCGAACUGGACGAGCUCCCGCCUCACUCGAAGCUGGACCAGAUAGCGCCACCGGGCACUCCGUACUUCUACGCGGAGCUGCCCACGGGCGAGAAGCUGUUCCACAGGGUCAAGAAGAACUUCCCCUUGCAGUUUGGCAGGGAAGUUCUAGCCAGCAGCUCUCUACUCGACAUGGAGGAUCGGUCAGAUUGGCGGGACUGCAAGAUACCGAAAGAGGAAGAAACUGAGCAGGCAAAGCAAUUCCGCAACGCCUUCCAGAAGUUUGAUUUUACUGUCUGAAUAAAUGAAUUUAAUUUUAGUGUAA